CCCCUAAAUUUUACUAGUGAAAGUUUGAAAAAUCAUUUUGAAAGAACACAAUACGCACGAGAGAGAGAUUUCAAGAUCAUUUCGAAGAAGAAAGAAAACUCAGUAAGUUGUUCUUCUUCUUCUUCAUUUUUCACUUCAUCUCUUACAUUGUUGUACUUGUAGUUCAGUUCAGACUUCAGAGUAUAAAGCCCGCCACUAAGGCCUGGUAAGUGGUUUAAGUCAUCUUCGAUUUGGAGAAAGGAAUCGUUUUCAUUCUUUUGAAACGGAAGAAAUAGAGAGAGCAUAACAAACAACAGGAAGGACAUUCUUUAUACGAAACCAAAAGAAAAUGGCAUCCCAAUUGGCUCACCUUUUUCAAGAUCAAAACUUUAAUGCCCAAUAUGGAGCUUCUGCUGGGGGAAAGAUGAAUGCAAUUAAACCAGGGAAGAAUGGUAAAGGAGGGCUUAGUGGAAGGAAGCCACUUGGGGAAAUAUCAAACUCUGCUAACAUUGCCCCACCUCUAGCACAUGCCUCUAAAAAGCAUAACUCCAAAAACUUUGCUUCUACUAAUGAAGUUGCACAUGAAAAAAGUACUGCUAAAACUUCAGACAAAGUGGAGACUCGUAGUAGGAAAGCCCUCUCUGAUAUUUCAAACUCAGUGAAACCACAUCUCCACCAGGCUCCAAAGAACAGGCAAAACAUCAAGGCACCUAUUCUUGAUGAUUAUUCCUUUCCCAGUUGCAUUGCAGAGGAACAGUUUCUUCAUGACCAUCAGAAAUGCAUUAAAGCCAAUGCUACUUCAGAAAUGAAUGACUUCUUUAAUACAAUUGGACUAAAGAAUGUUUCUCUGAAACAGGUUGAUUCUCCUAAGAGCUUUUCCAAGUCAAUGAAGAAUCAGUUGGAAUUUGUGGAGAUACCCGAGUUUCUUGAAGAUGAGUAUCUUUGGAAACAGAACACUCCACCAAAGACUCCUAAAUCACCAAAUUACAACGCUUCAAAUUCUCUAGAUGUUUGGACCAAGGACUUUGAUUACGUCAAUUUCAAGUUGCUCUGAACUUCUAAACAUGUUUAUGGUUUGAUGCAAAAGCUCAUGAACAUCCUUGCCUUCAGGCUUUGUCAUUCUUAGUCAUGUCAUAUUUUUUUCUUUCUGUAUUUUCCUGUCUUGGUGUAAAGAUGUGUGGUUCGUCCUCAUUCUUGGAGGUGAAUCAUAAGUAGAUCAGAAAGUUGAAAGACUUUGUUUUGUUGCGUCAAUUUCAAGAUGUUUGGACCAGCGACUUUCUUUGAUUACAUCAAUUUCAAGUUGCUCUGAACUUCUAAACAUGCUUAGGUUUUGAUGCAAAAGCUCAUAAGUUUCUUGAAGAUGAUUUUGUUUGCUGAAA